GCCGAAAUAGACAAUAAUGUGAGAUGCUGCAAUCAUCAUAUACCCCUACGAAGACGUCCCUGGUUCCUUUCGUGAUAGCAAAUCGAUCUUCUCCACUAAGUACCCAGGUAAGUACCUAGGUAAGGUAUGUAUGAAUAACAUGGGCCACUUAUCCGUGAUUUCGAUAAGCUAUGAUGGUAUUUCUCCCCAUCGUCCAAUGAAAUCCCAACGGCGUGGUGUUUGAGCCAUAGAUUGUAAAAUCUGGCUGAAUUUUACGGCAUCUGUGUUCUGCUUACAACAUCACUCACACCGCUCACUAGCUCAUCUAAAAUGAUUUCGUGCUGUUCCCUUGGAGGAGCUUCCUAGUUAUCUCUCUAAUAUACUGUGACAGCCAGCUCGCUAUAAAUAUCCGGAGUCUUCAAGCAAUGAGCGCGCACCCAAAUCAGACAUCUCAGUCAGGCGAGACGCCAACUUUCUACGCUGAGCUCCCGGGGGAUACACAUUUUUACCCAACAAACAACCCCCUUCCGGGAGAGGAAGUUGUUUACUAUGCAGAGCUUCCGGGCGAUACGCCCGCGUUGGCUCACGUCAAACCAAACCAACCGGGCCAGUAUCCUUCGUCAUUAUCAUGUAACGGCCCACCACAAAGAACACAGUCGGCGGACGUUUUAGCAGGGUCCUCGCUUUCCAAUGCGUCUAUGGACGGGAAAUCAUCAACUUGGACCUCAUCAAAAACUAGCAUGGGCCUUAGUCGCAAGCUUUAUGAAUGGGGUGUCAAGGCUAGCGUACCGAUUAACAAGCUGACCAACAAGCUUGGGUCAGAAGCAUUCUGGCCUUCUACAAUGGACAAGGAAUGUGACAAGGCCGCGCGGAUACUCAAGAGCUUCUGUAGAGACGGCUUCCGUACCACGACUUCGUCGUCACCGAACCACUCACGUUCCUCAUCUCCCAAUCGUCCCGCCACCUCCAGAUCUAGAUCCCCAUCCCCAAGCUCUGGCGGAAGAUCCAAAGCCUUGGUCAAAAUCCCGCAGUCCGUGGUAGUCAACGCGAAGGGUCUUGCUAUUUUCACCACAUUCCGCUCCGGUUUUCACAUAUCUGGCGCAGGUGGUUCGGGCCUUGUCGUGGCGCGCCUGCCCGACGGCUCCUGGUCCCCGCCAGCUGGAUUCCUUGUUCAUACGAUCGGCGCAGGUCUCAUGGCUGGCAUGGACAUUUACGAUUGCGUGUGCGUGCUCAAUACUUCAGCGGCUGUCGGCGCGUUCACAAAGCCACGGGUAAGCCUGGGAGGGGAGAUUGCUGUCGUGGCGGGCCCAGUGGGGACAGGGGGUAACGUGGAGCUUGCAUUUGGGAAGAGCGUGAAGCCAGUCUGGAGUUAUAUGAAGAGCCGAGGGCUCUACGGUGGCGUACAAGUCGAUGGAACGGUAAUCGCACAAAGGGGCGAUGCGAAUGCAGUGUUUUAUGGGGUAGAUCGGAUCAGUGUGGAUCUAAUAUUGAAAGGUGAAGUACCGAGCUACGAUGUUGAAGCUGAUACUGAUGUCAGGGGGAGAAAGAAGGACGCAGGGCUUGUCAGGUGGCCGGAGGGCGCGAGGCAGCUUAUGAAUGUGCUGAGCGUAGUAGAGGGGAAAGGUGUAGAUGAGGGUGUUAUGGAGGAACUGGGGAGCCAGCCUACUCCGGGAGAUCUAGCACCAGCGCUGGAGGGUGGGCAUCAAUCACAACAACUUCUAGACCCGAACCAGGGCGCUGAUAUGAGGUGAUGAAGUACAUGCAUAGAUAGGGCUCUCGGCUUCAGCAUUAUCUUAGUUGUUAAUACCUGUUCACCACCUUUCUCAUCACCGGAAGCUUGGGGCUGGAGGUGGAUAGUAAGGAAAUAUCCCAGCCAGUCACCUUGUGUUCGCCAUUUAUUAAUCUAUGAUACCUAUUAUAUUCCCCUGGGCAGUUAGUCGGUUCUGAGCUAGCUUUUAGACUUUACGAAGGAACGGAUAACUAUUAAAGAGUACCGAUAAACUACACUGAACACACCUAUGCGAUAAGUGUAGGGCUAUAUGGGUAGUGUAUUGUACAGCCAAAAAAGCAUAUGCGGUUAGUGAACUCGUGGGCCUCUUCUGGCAAUUUGACAUAACAUUAGGUAGAUAUAUCCUUUAGAGUCCAUUCGCUUGAAUGAUACAUACGUUUCUCUCGAACUCUAGAAGCAUCAUUGAUGUCA